GAGAUACCCUGAACUUAGAGAGACUCCAUUUUUCACGAAGCUUUCACUGCUUCGCGCCUGGGGUCUGCGAACUCCUUCCUGCUCUCCACUUUCAAUUUUGUCGCUGAAUUGAUUGAAUCGUCACAGGCCCAAUGGGGAAGUACAGUUGGAGGGUUAAAAUUGAUUCUUGGGAAUAAUUCAGUAAUUCCGUGAAGAAUGAAAGUAUGAUUUGGAUUAUGAAAGUCGAUGUGCAUUGACUAAAGAAUUACUACUGGAAUUUUUAGCAUGAAGAAUGAAGUAGUAUCUAGCAUUAUCCAAAAAAUACAAAAUCCAACGGUUGCUGAUUACCAAGUCUUGGCAAAUGUUCUCAAAUCUUGUGCUGCCAUAUCAGAUAGAAUAUUGGGGAAAGCUCUGCACAGUUCUGUCAUUAAGUUAGGCCAUCAUUCUUGUCAAUUUGUUACAAAGGCUUUGCUUAAUAUGUAUGCUAAAUGUAAAGAUCUUGAUGAAUGUCAAAAGCUUUUCAGCCAGAUUAAAUACAGUGACACAGUGACAUGGAAUAUUGUGUUGUCUGGCUUUGCUGGUUCGCUGUUUCAUGAAACAGAGAUGACAAGGCUGUUUAAUUCAAUGCAAAGAGCCCAUUAUCCUAAGCCAAGUUCUGUCACUCUUGCUAUUGUUAUUCCUGUGCUUGCCCGCUCUGGAGCUUUGGGUGCUGGAAAAAGUGUUCAUUGUUAUGCGAUAAAGCACGGAUUGGAUUGUAAAACGCUGGUAGGAAAUGCUUUCUUAUCCAUGUAUGCAAAAUCUGGGGAUAUUUCAGAUGCAGCUGCUACUUUUCAUGGAAUUUCUGACAAAGAUGUUGUUUCAUGGAAUGCAAUGAUUGCAGGUUUCAUCGAGAAUAAGCUUACGGAUAGGGCUUUUGAAUUGUUCAGGUUGAUGUUGAAAGCUUCCAUUCUACCUAAUUAUGCAACUAUUGCAAAUAUUCUUCCUAUCUGUCCUAGCUUAGGAGGGAUAGCUGGUUACCACUUCGGAAGGCAGAUACAUUGUUAUGUUUUUCGACGGACUGAGCUGCUAUCGGAAGUUACCGUCAUCAAUGCUCUUUUGAGCUGCUACUUGAGGGUUGGAAAUUUCGAAGGAGCAGAGACUUUAUUCCGGAAUAUGAAAUGUAAAGAUCUGGUAUCUUGGAACUCAAUAAUUGCUGGAUAUGCAGCUAAUGGUGAAUGGUUGAGGACACUGGAUUUUUUCCGUGAAUUCACUAAAGAGGAGAUGAGUGGACCAGACUCUGUUACUCUUAUGAGCAUUCUUCCUGCAUGUCCACAGCUCAAUAACGUAUUGAUUGGGAAGCAAAUCCAUGGCUAUAUAAUUCGUCACCGUUUCCUCCAUCAAGAUACCUCUGUGAUUAAUGCCCUUAUAAGCUUUUAUGCAAAAUGUGGAAACACCAAAGAAGCAUGUCACACAUUUUCAUUAACUUCUAACAAAGACUUGAUAUCAUGGAACACUAUGCUUGAUGCCUUAGCAGAAAACCAACUUCACGAAGAAUUUACUAACUUGUUAAAGGGGAUGUUCGAAGAGGGGAUGGGAGCUGACUCCAUCACAUUAUUGACUGUGGUGCGCUAUUUUGCUAACAUUUCCAGAAUGGAUAAGGUCAAAGAAGCACAUGGUUUUUCAGUAAGAUCUGGUAUCUUGCUAAGUGAUACUGAACCUACUCUCGCUAAUGCCUUACUUGAUGCAUAUGCAAAGUGUUGCAAUUUAAACUAUGCUAACAAAAUAUUUGAGAGUUUAUCAGGAAACAAGAAUGUAAUCACGUGCAACUCGCUUAUAUCAGGGUUUGUGAAUUAUGGUUUGCAUGAAGAUGCCCAUAGCAUAUUCAAGAGGAUGACCGAGAGGGAUCUUACCACGUGGAAUUUGAUGGUUAGAGCUUAUGCUGAAAAUGAUUGUCCUGAUCAAGCAGUAAGUCUGUUUACCGAGUUACAGCAUCACAAACUGAGGCCUGAUGCCAUGAGCAUUUUGAGCCUCCUUCCUGUUUGUGCUCAAAUGGCCUCAAGCAACCUGCUGAAGCAGGGCCAUGCAUAUGUGAUUAGGUCUUUUCUAGAUGAUGUUUAUGUCAUCGGAGCUCUCAUAGAUGUAUAUUCAAAAUGUGCCACUCUAGGGUAUGCAUACAAGCUUUUCCAAUCAUCUCCUGCCAAAGAUCUUGUUAUGUUUACAGCAUUGGUUGGAGGAUACGCUAUGCAUGGAAUGGGAGAAGAAGCACUUGGGAUAUUCUAUCAUAUGCUUGAGCUGGACUUCAAACCAGAUCAUGUUAUAAUAACUACGGUGCUGUCUGCUUGUAGUCAUGCUGGCCUUGUGGAUGAAGGAUUGAAGAUCUUUGAUUCAAUGGAAAAGACGCACCAAAUCAAACCUAGCAUGGAGCAUUAUGCCUGUGUGGUGGAUCUACUUGCACGUGGAGGCCGAAUCAAAGAUGCAUUUUCCUUUGUGACCCGGAUGCCCUUUAAGGCCGAUGCCAAUAUAUGGGGAACGCUUCUGGGAGCCUGUAAAACCCAUCAGGAGGUUGAAAUAGGCCGUGCUGUGGCAGAUCGCUUGCUUCAAGUCAAUGCUAAUGAUAUCGGGAAUUAUGUAGUCAUGUCAAAUCUGUAUGCUGCAAAUGCUAGAUGGGAUGGGGUCCUAGAGAUAAGGAGGUCUAUGAAAAUGAGAGAUCUUAAAAAGCCAGUUGGUUGCAGUUGGAUUGAAGUGGAACGAAAGAAAAAUGUGUUUGCUGCUGGUGACUAUUCUCACCCACAGCGAAGAAUGAUAUAUGAAACAUUAAGAAUCUUAGAUGAACAAAACAAAGAGCUAUAUGAGUAUGAGUUAUAGCCUCCUAAUAUUUUACUUGUGUGAAGUAUUACAGAGAUACUGUAUCACCAAAUUAUGCUAGAAAGUGGUCCACCUUUCUCUUGCAGCUUUUGAUAUUGAUCAGUUCAGUACCCUGUUCUUUCCCAGAGAGGUCAACGUCUAUAUUGGCAUGCAAGUGUCUUCUUGCUGGUGGGGCAUUUAUACUCUUUUCGUUCUUUUAAAGGAGAAUCUGAUCUCGCCGUAAGCUAUCUAGUCAAAACUCUAGUCAAAACAUUCCCAGCUCCAGUGGCCUAAGGAGAAGAGCAUGGGGCAAUUCAAGUUUCGGAGCUCAUGACUUAUGAGAAUAUAAAUACCUAUUUAAUCAUUUUGUCUACAGUUGAAUGAUGUCUGGUUUCCUGAGUGCUGGAAAAGGCUGAGCUCUAAGUUGGGUUUUCUGAGAAUGCUGUUAAUUCAGUGGCGUAAUGCAGAAUGCAAACAAGCUGACAUGGGAGCCUUAUCAGGAAAAAAAACAAACAAGCUGAAAUGGGAAAAUAUUUAACUCAUGUGAAUUUGGUGCUGUUUCUCUUGGUCACUGGCAUACAUGUUGAAUGCUGUUAGUGAGCAGUUUAGUAAGAAUUUUGUCAUCGGUAUACCUAUUGGUUUUUGUCUUAGUUCUUUUUAGGACUACGUCGUGUAUUUACCCGAUUGGAUUAGUUCUGAAAUUUCUGUGCAAAAGUUUAGUUUGAGCUUGUGUUUACUCGGUUCAAGUUCAUUGAGCAUGGAGGUUCAAAGCUUUAAGCAGAUUUUUCUCAAAUGUUAGAACAAGAGAAUUGUUAUUCCUGUUUGAUAGUUUAGAGUCUUUUAUUAACUGGUCAUGGAAGAUUUAAUUGUAUUCUCUGUGUAUGUGUUUAUAUUUGUGCUUACACCUGUUGACAUAAAAAAGAACAAAAUAAACCUAAAUUCGUUGGCUUUUGUUUGAAUAAGGAGCAGUUUAUUCAUGAGAGAAGUUGCUUGUAAUCUUUAAGUUUUCGCCUUUGUGAUGUUGUUUUUCCUAUCUCCAGUCACUUUUCCUCUCACCUCAAAAUGGUAGCUUCAGGGUUUCAGCUUCUGCAGUUCCGCUUGGGUCAGGUUGGGCAGGUUGAGCUAUCCCAUACUUUAGCCCAUUCUACACCCCUAAUAUUUUAUUUGUUUUGAUGUUAAAAUGAAGAUGUACAAGUAGUAGACAGGACGGUUAAUUUCAAAUGAAGAUGUACAAGAAGUAGACAGGACGGUUAAUUUCCUUAGUUCUUUGCACAUGUAGUUAGCUGUGGACUGUGGUAAGAUGCAUACUGUUGGGGUUGUACUACUUAUCCAUUGCACUCUCUUGGGUUCUUCAAUAAAAUUUUCAAUACAAUUUCAAAAAUAAUUUGACCCAACCCACUCAUUCUACACCCCUGAUAUUUGAUUUGUUUCAGUUCUAAUGUAUUCUCUGUAAAGUCAUCUUCUCAAUUUUUCUUUGUUUUGGUAUGGCCUUUACUGUGAAAAUGGCCAUCUUUUAUUUGAUAUUUCUAGGCGAAGUUUGUCAACUUCUAAUGUUGAACCUCAAUAUGAUGGAGGGAUUUAAAAAACCACUGAUUGUCAGCCGCUGUUUCUAUUUGUUUGCCUUAAUAUUAUUUUUUUUAUUGCGAUUUGAGCUUUAACACAUCAUGCCUCAGAGCUGUAGUGUGCUUUAACAGUUUGUUCUACUCUGGAAAGCUGCAAUUUUUUCUGAGGAAGAAGCAGAGUCUUGGAUGACGAAAAGCUGGCUGGAGAAUGCCCAUCUUUACUGUGAAAAUCUCAUCUUAUAAUUGCUUGAUUUUUACAUCCAAAGAUUGGUAUCUUUUUUAUGUUGAGCUUCAGUGUGAUGGAGGAAUGAAACUGUCAAUUGCUUUUCUUUGUUUUAUUUGCUUUUAUUUGUGAUGUUUUUUGGAUUGUAAUUCGAGCUUUAACACGUCAAUAUUCCUGUGGUGUAGUGUGCUUUCAAGGUUUGUUUUACUCCAGUAAAAUUUCAAUCUUCACUGAGGAAUAAAAAUAUAGAAUCUUGGGUGAUAAGAGUUUCUAGAGAAAGGGAGCAAAUAGUUCUGGUGAAGCAUGCACGGCGGAAUGAAAAGGCUGCCCCUGAAAUUCUUCAAUUUGAGACUGCUUUGAUUCAGAGAUCUGGAGAAAAGAUUCAACUGAUGGAAGAAACAGUGGAGAAAUUUUCAAAAGAUGGUGGUGAUAUAUUCGCUGUCUCUUUACCAGAUGGAUUUGGAUAGAACCCUGUUUCUGCUAAGAUCAUACUUACGAAUCCUCUCCAAAAGAUUGAAAACUAUGCAUUUCACAUACAAAAGCUACCGAGUAGUGGAAUCGUAUAUCUUAAGAACAGAAAUUUGCUGUCAGGUUUUGUUGGAAUUGAGAAUUGAUCUCACAGGUUGUCACCUUCAACAAGCCUCACCUGUGGUUGAAGCCCCUGUUUUGUGCACUGCCUUCUAUUCUCAUGUGAGAAAUGUGGAAGAGACACAAUACAAUCAAACAUGGAGGCAAGAUCUCUUUCAAAAGAUUAGUUCGUGAAGUUGCUACCACAUUGCAUAGAUUGCUCAUUGUUCGCUAUCCUCAUUUGGUGAAUAUCCCUAUGAAUUGGCCUGAAAUAAUGCACCAUCUUGAUGCUUACAUUCCUCGAGUUAAAUACACAAAAGUUAGCUGAACGCCACUUCCUUCAGGCUGGUACAAGUGUAACGCUGAUGAGGCAUGUAGCAAUAAUCCAGGUUUGAGCUUGUUUCAGUUUUAUUUUAGAGACUUGGUGGCGGAUCUUGUUCAUGCGAAUGCCAAGAUAAUUGAUGAUGGCAAAAAUGUUCAAGCGGAGGAUAUGCCAAUUGUGGAAGCUCUGAAAUAUUGUAGGGAUUCUCAUUUCACUCCUACAAGUAUUGAGACCGUCUCUUUUUGCUAUUGAAGAAUAUCAUCGAAGGGAGCUGGGCUACCAUGUGGAGUAUGGCACUUUUAAUUGAUGAAAUAAAUUACAUGAAGAGGGACGCACAAAUUCAGUUCCAACAUACCUUGCGUGAAGGUAACCAGCUAGCGGAUUACAUUGCUAACUUGGCGUUUGACCUCCAGUCACACGCUAGGCGACUGCUUAAUUUGGACAAGCUCACUGUCAAUUAAUUUGUGCAAGAGUUGUAAGAAGAUGAUGAUAUUAGGAGGUCAUGCGUUAUUUGGUUCCUUUGGGAUAUUAUUCAAGGGGGAAUUUCAUCAAAGUUUGAUGUUUCUGCAUUUGGUUUCAACUGGAUACAUGCUGAGCUUUACACUGCCAAUUUGGCCUUUGUUAUAUAGUUUAUCAUCUUGUAUUUGCAUCUUAUAAGUUCUAAGUUGCUAUUUCGUUA